CGCCGCCCGCUUCACCCACUUCUGGUCAGUUUCGCGGGUGCGGCCGCCAUCGCCCGGGGGAAGAGGCCUGACCGCCCAGGACCUCCGCGCAGCCUAACUAACUCCUGGCCUCCCAGCGAGUGGGGGGAAGCAGACUCCCCCCAUCCCAAUCUGGACCCCUCUCGGCGGAGAAGUGGAGGUUCUAUUCAGAGGGUCCGGUCUGUCUAAAUAUGCCCCAGGAUGACCGAGCGGCCGCCCAGCGAGGCGGCACCCAGUGAUACCCCGCUCGAGGGACCGGACGCGGCCGAGACUCGCAUGGCCCCCCCGCACCUGGUGCUGCUGAACGGCGUCGCCAAGGAGACGAGCCGCGCAGCCCUCGCCGAGCCCCCGGUCAUCGAGCUGGGCGCGCGCGGGGGCCCGGGGGGCGGCCCCGCCGGCGGGGGCGGCGCCACCAGGGACUUAAAGGGCCGCGACGCGGCGGCGGCGGCGACGGCCGGCGAAGCGCGCCACCGGGUGCCCACCACCGAGCUGUGCCGACCUCCCGGGCCCGCCCCGGCCCCCGCGCCCGCCUCGGUCCCCGCGGAGCUGCCGGCGGACGGCCGCAUGGUGCAGCUGAGCCCGCCGGCGCUGGCGGCCCCCGCCGGCCCCGGCCGCGCGCUGCUCUACAGCCUGAGCCAGCCGCUGGCCUCGCUGGGCAGCGGUUUUUUGGGGGAGCCCGAUGCCUUCCCUAUGUUUACCACAAACAACCGAGUGAAGAGGAGACCCUCCCCCUACGAGAUGGAGAUUACGGAUGGUCCCCAUACCAAAGUCACUCGUCGGAUCUUCACCAACAGCCGGGAGCGAUGGCGGCAGCAGAAUGUCAAUGGGGCAUUUGCAGAGCUUAGAAAACUGAUUCCUACACACCCCCCAGACAAGAAGCUCAGCAAGAAUGAGAUCCUCCGCCUGGCCAUGAAGUAUAUCAACUUCCUGGCCAAGCUGCUCAAUGACCAGGAGGAGGAGGGCAUCCAGCGGGCCAAGCCUGGCAAGGACCCCGUGGUAGGGGCUGCUGGUGGUGGGGCAGGGGGUGGUGCACCUCCAGAUGACCUUCUGCAGGACGUGCUUUCUCCCAAUUCCAGCUGUGGCAGUUCCCUGGAUGGGGCAGCUAGUCCGGACAGCUACACAGAGGAGCCAGCACCCAAACACACUGCCCGCAGCCUCCACCCCUCACUGCUGCCUGCCACUGAUGGGGCCGGUCCACGGUGAUGGGUCUAGGACUGCCCAGGACCAGCCAACAGGAGCCUUUAGGCCACAGGAAUGGUGGACCAUUGAGUACCAUGGGCUGACAAGCAGGGCAGUAGACUUGAUGAACUUCCCUCCAGUCUGAACUUUGGGAAGCCCUAACUGACUCUGGGCUGGCUUUUCUAUUUCCUGCUUCAGAGGAAGAACAGGAAAAUGGAGUGGAGUGGUAGGUACUUUUUCUGAAGAUGGCACGGUCUUCUCCCUUCCCCAAAGUCACUAAGACUUCCCAAAUAAGGGGCUUAAGUGUCACUGCUUUUGGCCUGGAGUUUUGGAGCUCUGCCUUUGCUAAAAGCUGGAGUUGUCAGCCAUCACCUAAGGUAUCCAGAAACCUUUGCCUUGUCUUUAGCCCCUCCCGAGCUGACUGAAGUAGCUUCUGUGGCUGCUUCUGUCCCAUUGUAUAGGUACCCAAGAGCUGUCCAUUAUUUUGAGCCCAGUCAUUAUCCAGUCUAGUGUUGCUCUAUCCGGCUUGCCAGCGGCUGUGGAUUCACAAGCCUCUAGGUGCCUUCUUCAGGGCCUGGUUGACAGCCUACUCUGGACUAGCUGGACCAGAGAGUCAGGAAAUUCAGGAGCCCUGACUUCUUAUCCUGGGGAAGCAGAAACCUGCUUUUUUCUCACUGACACUUGCCUUCCUAUCCUGUGGCUGUGGAGAUGAAUAUGCCCUGUUGGGCUUUGUGCGAAGGCAAGGAAAGGGAAAGGGAAAUUGAACAACUUCAACUCCUGCACAUCACUGUUGAUGUUGGUGGGCAGAUGCCAGUGUGCCGAUGGCACGUGCAUGCUGGGAGACUUGCAGCCCAUGUGUGUUCUCGAGGCUCAGAGGGCAUUCCUCCUGCAAGAUGUCUGUCUGUUGGUUGGUGGUUUGUUCUUCCUUCUGAAUUGAGUGCUAACUCUGUCCAAUUCUUUGUAUUUGGAAGUUUUGCUUGACUUUAGUUAUCAGUAGACUCUUUAGGCCUUGAUAUGACCCAGGAUUUACAGCCCUACUGUAGGGCCUGGGGAAUCCAGUCAGAGACCAGGCCCUGAUGAAGACCCAAAUAUAUACAUAUUCAUUAGCAGGACCUUAAAUAUCCCUUAAUUGUGUAGUUUUCAUUCAUCAAAGGUGCAGAUGGGAGGUUGAUGUAUUACAAUAGGAAUGUCCUUCCAAAAGUUGUACAGGAAGUUUUUUUUUUUAAAUCAUCCAUUUAAAAAGAAAUAACUACUACAAGCUCUUUUGUAAGAUGGAGAAUCCUUUUGUAGUGUGGACCACUGCCUCCUUGUUUAUCUCCUGUGUUGAUCUAGAUGCUGGGUCAUGGUUUACUGAAGUCCAGGCCUAGUUUAUUCCAAGCCCAUGGAAUAAACUGCACUGAAGUCCUGUGGAUCUCCCAUUGUGCUCUUAAGUCAUGUAACCCUCCUCCACUAGGCUCUGGCUAGUGAAAAUAUCCAAUGGCCAAUUUUUGUCAUGCAGGGACCAUCACUGAGGCUGUGGGAAACCGUUCCUGCUCUGAGCCUUAACCCAGUAGCUUAUUCCCACCAUGCUGGGGCCUUGAAAACAACCUUACGCAAACAAGGAAUGAUCCCUGCCCUCUCCCCUUUUAGUUAGGUUGUGAGGUCCAGUUCUCUGGCAGUAUGACUGACUGUUGAAGCAUUCUGGGAGAUGCUAUGCAGUAUCUCACCCCUGUGAAGAUGGAACCACUGUCCUAGGCUCCAAGGCUGUGUUUACCUCUAGUAGAUUAUCUUGGCUUGGGAAUGAAUGAAAUCUGCUUUAAUGCAAUAGGACAGGUAGUUGGGUCUUAUGAGAUGGACUAUGCAUUCUGUCAAGAUGUCAAGCUUUAGUUACCUCUACAGAUUUGCAGUGUGACUAGGAUAAGGCACCUAACUGUCAGUUUCUCAUAAAUACCUUGACUUAGACUGUCUCCUGGGGCAGUGGUAUGGACUAAAUAAAUAUGGUAAUGAAAGUACAAGUGUUUUGAGACCAUAAAGACCUUUGUUGUGGGCUAGGGUAUAUAUAGCUCAGUGGUAGAGCCCUUGCCUAGCAUGCAUGAGAUUCUAGGUUCAUGAGAUUCUAGAUUCUUUUUGACCUAGCAUC